AUGGCUGAGACAACGAGGGAUGAAGAUCGGAUCGAAGAAGACAACCAGAAAGGAGGUAAGAAUGUGAUUCUACUGAAAGAGGCAGACAUAUCAGAAGGUACUAACGCUUGCUCCAAUAGUCUCUAUGGCAGACUCUUUGCUUCCAAAACCUUCUCAAUUGGAACCAUGGGGAAUGCUUUAAAGGCUAUAUGGGGAAACUCGGAAGGAUUUAGUGUGAGUGAUAAAGGGGAUAAUUCCUUCCAAUUCUUUUUUAACAAAGAAGUGGAUGUCUUGCGUGUUGAACGUGGUUCUCCAUGGCUAUUCAAAGAUUAUGUGCUCCAUGUCAAGAGAUGGAAGGAAGAUCAGAACUGUGAUGAAGAGAUUAUUUCCAAUUUUCCAGUUUGGGUUCAAUUUUGGGGUUUGCCAGAAUCGUUUAAAACCCUCGAAGUUAGACGUAAAUUGGGAGAAAAAUUGGGCACAAUAUUGGAGGUAGGUAAAUUUCAGAUGCGAGGCAGAGAAACUAGGAUUGUGAAGACCAAAAUCAAUAUUGAUGCUGCCAGGCAAGUGAGAGAUCAGUUAAUAGUGGCAGGACCUAAUAAAAAGGAGGUAGAAGUGGCACUGCGCUAUGAGAGACUUGGAAAGUUUCUGUACCUAUUGCGCAAAAUUGGGGCACGAGGGAUGUCAAUGCAAGUAAGGAAACAAAGUUUGAAACCACAAGACACUGGUAAUAGGGCAGCACCUGAGUCACCUCAAUCAGCCAAUUCUAGAACAGAAUGCAUGGAGGUUAUCAUAGCUGGUCAGUCCAAUACCAAGGAGGAUGAAGGGCAGCUUAUGCAAUUCGCUAUUGGGCAGUGUCUCACCACAGAGAAAGGUAGGAAGUGGAAAAGGUUAGCAAGACAAGGUGCUGCAGAGUCAGAUACUAAAAGUGUACCCAAAAAAAGGUUUAUGAGUGGUAUAGCUGAAGGAUCUACAAGGAAAGCAAGAAUAGAGGAUGAAAAUGCAGUUGAAGAGAUGGUGGAGGGUGCCAGCCUACAAAUGGCACCCAAGGCGCCAUGA